GUUCAAUGUUCCAUGAUUUGACCAUCACCUAGAAGACUGUUAUGUCAUCUGCUACAGUUAACAUAAGAAGAAUGACACAGUCUCAGGACUGGUGUGGCUGAUCAACACAGCUUCAUAAGUGGUCAGUUUAAACACUCUUAUCCUCUGUCCCUGGAGAGAAGGCCUAUCCUGUAGCGUAAAAAGACAGAGAACGUUUUCUUAUCCUCAGUAGAGAUUCAGGAGUCUUCCCCUAUUCCAGACAGGCAGACUUGUGCUAGAUUGAAGGUGAUCACAUUUAUGUCUGACCUUGUGCAGAGCAUUGCAGUCGGGGCAUGUCACCAGGUUUUCAGGUUGAAAAUAUUUUCUCAUCCUAACCUGUCUUCCUUCUCUUUGGAGAACAGGACUAUGUGGAUCCAUGUUUACCAGUCUUUGAUGUCUAGAUUUUACAAGGAGCAGAAAAAAGGAGUAUAUGAUGAGGAAUAUUUCUAGUGCUACUGAAUUCUGCCUUCUAGGCUUUCCUGGGUCCCAAGAACUACACCACAUUCUUUUUGCCAUAUUCUUUUUCUUCUACUCAGUGACAUUAAUGGGAAACACAGUCAUCAUUGUGAUUGUCUGUGUGGAUAAACGUCUGCAGUCUCCCAUGUAUUUCUUCCUUGGUCAUUUGUCUGCCUUGGAGAUCAUGAUCACAACUAUUACUGUGCCCAUGAUGCUUUGGGGAUUGCUGCUUCCUGGGAUGCACACAAUAUCUCUGGCUGCAUGUGUCACCCAGCUCUUCCUGUACCUUGCUGUGGGGACCACAGAGUUUGUGUUACUGGGAGCGAUGGCUGUGGAUCGUUACGUGGCUGUCUGUAACCCUUUGAGGUACAACAUCAUUAUGAACAGCCACACCUGCAUCUGGGUGGUCAUUGUGUCAUGGGUGUUUGGGUUCCUCUCUGAAAUAUGGCCAGUCUAUGCCACAUUUCAGUUUACCUUCUGCAAGUCAAAUCUGUUAGACCACUUUUUUUGUGAACGCGGGCAACUGCUCAAACUAUCCUGUGGUGACACUCUUUUCACAGAGUUUGUUCUCUUCUUAAUGGCUGUUGUCAUUAUCAUUGGUUCACUGACCCCAACAAUAGUCUCCUACACCUACAUCAUCUCUACCAUCCUCAAGAUCCCCACAGCCUCGGGCCGGAGGAAAGCCUUCUCUACGUGUGCUUCUCACUUCACCUUUGUUGUGAUCGGCUAUGGCAGUUGCUUGUUCCUCUAUGUGAAACCUAAGCAAACACAGGCUGCUGAGUACAACAAGAUAGUUUCCCUGUUUAUUUCUGUGGUAACCCCUUUCCUGAACCCUUUCAUCUUCACCCUGAGGAAUGACAAAGUCAAAGAGGCCCUUCGGGAUGGUAUGAAACGCUGCUGUCGGCUGGUAAACGAUUAAGUCUCUCUACAUCAGUUUUGGGUGGCAAUGUCUUCACUAUAAAUUAUUCACUAACCUAGAAAACCCUAGCUCCUCUCUUAGAAUUAUCAUCUUUUCAAAGAUCAGUUUUGUACAACCCCCAAUCUGUGCUGUUGGAGAAGACAAGACAGAUAAAAAUGAAACCU